AUGCAACUUUGUGAACGACUGACUGGAUGGACGGUCGGCGCUAACGCCGGUCGUUUCAUGUUUUCCUCUGGUUUGACGGCAGGUCCGUAUUGGUUGUUUUGGCCACCCUUUCCGUCUUGCCCAAUUUGGAGCAUUGACAGCCCCAAGAGGAUGGUUGGAGUGUACGUUUCUACCGUCUUCUCUAUUUAUGUGGCCGUCUCACGUGGUCUCAGCCGCAGAACACAUCGUGACCUCGCCAGAGCUGGGAUAGCUCGGGCUUACAAUAUCGGGUUGAGCAUUCAGCUCCGGUCGUGCUUUCCUUUCUUUUCUGUCUUCUUCGGACAGUUGUGUCCACUUGCGUAG